AUGGAGUCGUCUCUCGAAUCCACCAGAGAUUGUACACCAGCUUCAAUCAACAAGAACAUCCCGCUCCUUUGCACAGUUUGCCCAGAGGCACCCCGCUUCUCAGACGUAUCGCAUUUACUCACACACAUCGCCUCCAAGGGGCAUCUACACCAUGAGACACAAACUAAACUCAAGUCCCACCAGGAUAUCGCGGCAUCUGUGACCUUGCAGCAGUAUGAGAGUUGGUACACAGCUAAUGGAAUCGAGGCGCUUCUUGUGGAGAGAAUGAAGGCAAAGCAGAAGAAGGAGGCAGCAAAGUCCAGCCGCACUCGAGACUCAACCCCAUCGGCGACAUCAAAGUCGAGACGAAGGUCCAAGCGAAGCUCAAAUAAGACGACGGUGAAAGCUGAGCAAGACGACUUGGCCCAAGAGCUCCCUCUAUUUCCGGGACUUUUUACAUCUGAAGUUGAUGCGGAGAUGGAUGAGGAGUUUGCCAGCGGUGACAUGCUGUCGCUCAAGGGCCAAGUUUGGCCCGGCAUGGGCAAAAUGGACCUUGCCAACGAUGACAUGAAGCGUACUCGGAAUCAACGCAAACCCAAUUCCGUAAUUGAGAAGAUGAAACAUACCUCCGAGGGAAUUGAACCUAAUCAGGUUGUCAUGACGCCGGAUCUAGAGGUCGAGCGAGUCAAGGGAGUUUAUGACAGCUCCUCGCCUAUUCCUGGUCAGGAGGAAGAGUCAAAGACUCCCAAAAAGACGACCAGGUCCAAACGAAAGCGGCCACAAGCACUCGCCGAAUUAUCAGUCAACGUGCCUCGCCGUGCUGGCAGACGACCUGGCCGCCGAAAUGGCCAAUCCAAAGUCAAGGCAUCUCCGGACGAAUGCAAUGGCGACGGCAUCCUGCAGAUUGCUGUGCACGCGACCUCUUCGAGACAUGGAAAUGAUGUGUUCCGCGACGACGACAAUGACGGAGUCUCAGGAAUUUAUGGCGAUCGCAUGUUCACAACUCCAUCCCGUCAGGACCAAAGACCUGACGUGCUAAAUCGCAUGGGCCUGUAUCCCUAUGACCGCGUAUCGCACUCGCCGCUCAUGUCCCCUACGCCUUCGUCUAGAGACGUGUCGUCUCGCCUUUUCCCGUCGAGAAAUUCACAGCGACCGAGGGUACAAGGUAGUGCCUAUGAGAACUAUGGUGGACAUGCAAACUUUGUCUCGGUUGGCCAACCCGAAACCACGUCUUUUGGUGUCAACGACCAGUCGAUUUACAACUAUUCCUCCAGGUUGCCAUUCGUGCCUUGCAACAAUGCCGGUGCUUCAAGUAACUACAUUUUCCGCUUCAACUCCAACAGUCUCCUGCAACCGAAACCAGAACGACACCUGAGCCCCGGACAUAGCGAGCUGAUUAAUGGGACCGGUAACCCACAAUACCUGCAGAUUUCUGAAUCGAAUCCCCUUUUUUCUCAAGAUCGACCCAUUUUUGGUUCGUACAGUACGAUAGGGCCAUCUCAGACGCUCUCUUCCUUCAGCAUGCAAUCAAUGAACCGCGGCAGCGACCACAAUCAAGAGGCUGCUAACAACCAAGAUGACCACGCCACCACGGGUUGCAGCAUCAAAAUGGAGAACCAUUUCAGCGACAUGAUGACCAACGUGGCGACGGGGGACUGCAAGCAAACUAGCUUCACGGAAACCGAGGUAUGGACGAGUACUGAAACAUUGGACUUGUGA